AUGACUGCUUUAACCAAUCAACCCAUCAACCGGCCUGAAACAUGGCAGCGUACCGAACCAAGCCAUGAAAGCCUUGCCAGCUUCUCCGAGCAUCAAUGGUAUCGUACGGCAGGCUACUUGCUAGCAAGCUUGCUCCAAAAGGCCGGGUAUAGCCAACAGGCUCAGCUCAGGAUACUGGGCGAAUUUGCGGAAAUCAUUGCUCCUCAUCUGGGUUUGCCUCCCGGGCUGGGCACAGGACGCUGGAAGAGCUUCAUGACUGACGACCACAACCCAAUCGAACUUAGCUGGGACUUCCACACGGGCACUCAACAACCGACGAUACGAUACUCCAUUGAGCCCAUUGGCCUCGAUGCGGGCAGCACUGCCGAUCCCAACAACACGAAAGCCCCGUUGCUGUUUAAACGAUCGAUACUGAAGGCAUCCCCACAAAUCGAAACGGAGCUUUUUGAACAUUUCGAAAAGACCUUUGGCAGCCGUUGGGGAGAUGGACUUUCCGAAGGCCAUCAGUCAACGAUAUUUUGGGCGUUUGAUCUCAAGGAGAGCCAAAAUACUGCCAAAGCCUAUUUCUUCCCGGGGAUGGUAGCCCAAGCCACCAACAGGUCCAACUUGGAGGUCAUCCACGAUGCUAUAUCUUCCGCACCAACAUGGAAGUUCUCCGAUCUGAAGCCACUAUACACCUUCAUCAACUUCGUGGAACAACACAAGGAACUGGCACUUGAAGUCGAGAUGUUGGCUCUAGACCUCGUCGACGCCGCGCAAUCCCGACUGAAGAUUUACUUUCGAUGUCGUCAAACGGACUUUUCCACCGUCCACAAGAUCAUGUCUUUAGGUGGCGUGGUUGAAAACCUCGAUGAAGGCUUGGGGAAACUGAGAGCUCUGUGGCACUCACUACUGGGCACACAGGGCCAGCCGGAUGACAUGCCACUCCGACAUAACAGCCACCGGACUGCCGGCAUUCUGUUUAAUGUGGAGUUUAAAGUACAAAGCUCGACCCCCAAAGUGAAGCUGUAUAUCCCUGCCCGUCACUACGCAAAGAGCGAUCAGCAAAUCAUCGAGACCGUGACCGGUUUCCUUAAUGGCGAGGCGAAAAAGCUCGGGCACUCUGAUUUGACAAAGAAGUACACGGCUUCCUAUGCCUCAUGCUUGUACAAGGUUUUCAACGCACAUGAUCUAUCUUCCUCACUUGGCAUUCACACAUAUAUCGGAUGCUCAGUGCAAAGCGAUGGAAACCUGCGUGUGGUCACUUACUUCAACCCUCAGCAACACAAGUUCCACGGCGAUAUUUAUGUUUAG